GACGUCAGGCGGAAGCGGCGGGACGCCGCGCGUCGGGACGCCGCGGCCGUUGCUACGCGACGGGGCGCUGCCGUGGUUACCGCGCCGCGGUGAGGGGAGGCGGUGCCGGGCCGCGCUGCGCCGCGCGGCGGGAGGAUGAGGCCGCCGCGGUGCCUGUGCGAGAUCUGCACCUGCGGGCGCCAUCGCUGCCCUCAUAAACCCACAAGGAUUUAUGAUAAUGGACAACAGCCAUGCCUCACGACAGAGUAUGUGGAAAAAUAUCCCAAGUAUAGCAACAUCCCUCCUCCCCAGAGCCUUAAGCCGAAACAAGAGUACCAAGUGCAUCGUGGGAAAAUGGAAGGAAUCACAACAUUUAAAUCUGAUUAUUUACCAUAUGAUAUUGUGAAGCGACCUUUUCGGGUACCGGAACAACAUAAACCAAAGACUGGAGAGAUAGAACUGGGAACAACAUACCAGAAAGAUUAUAAUGCUCAUAAAAUGCAACCAGUGAUAUUAGUAAGACCGUUAGAGAGAAAACACACCACAGGAGGAAAAUUGGAUACCAUACCAACUUAUCAAGAUGACUAUAGGUUGUGGGAAGUUCAAAGAAGGGAACCUAGUAAGGUGGACCACACAUUCCACCCACCUACAGAGAAGUUUGGAAAUUCUACUACAUUUCAAGAUGACUUUGUUCCUAGGGAACUGAAUCCCAGAAAAAGUUUUAAACCUCCUUGUGUGACCAAGCUUUCAGAUGCACCUUUUGAUGGUACUACUAGCCAUCGCACUUCUUAUGUUGCUCAUCAAUUGGAACCAAAAUUUGUAAGAUCAAAAGAAGAAUACAAGCCAAACAACCAACCAUUUGAAGAUCUCACAACCCACCGGAAUGAUUUUAGAGGACUACCUGGGCAAUUCACAAAAAGCUGCAAGCCUGAAAAUACUAAAGUUGGGUCCAAUGCUCAUUUUAAUGGGCUCACUGAAUUCCAGGAUCGUUUUCAGCCAUGGUCAGUCUCCUUGCCCGAGGUCCGCAAAACAAAAGAAUACAUUCCGCCCCCAGGUAACAUGGAUUUCAACUCCACAAGCCAUCUUGAUUAUGUUAAACAUGAGAUUUCUCCUGCUCUCCCCAUAAGACCAGUUUCUAAUGGAAGAAGAACCAAUGCCCCUUUCCAAGGGAAUACUACAACGAAAGACGACUUUCAAGCUUGGGACAGCUGUCGGCAAGAAAUUAUUAAAAAACAUCAGGAAAUUCCCAAAUCCACAGGAAAAUUUGAUGAUUUAACUACAUUCAAAUCUCAUUACAUACCACAUCAGAUAAUUCCAGCUCAAAGUUUCAAACCUUUACGUGUGGUACUUCCUAAUUCAGCUCGUUUUGAAGAUGAAACUAUGUAUCGCACAGAAUAUAUCCCAAAGAAACAAGAGAUCUGCCCAGCAAAUUAUCCAUCUCCUCCAGGAUAUGUCUAUGUAAACACAGAUUCUCAUGGUCACAAAUUCUUCCGCCAGCUUACUCCAGAAUUUUCUGAAUCAAAUGGUAAUCAUAUUCCAAAGGAAGUAGCUGUUGUGUCAUAAUAUUUAAAAGUAUUAUUUCAAGCAGCCUUGCAAAAUAAUUGGAAUCCUACUAGUUCUUUUUUCCUUAGAUAAAGCUGAAAGCAAAUCAAAUAAUGCACAUUUUGAUUUAAAAAUAUUAAAACUAAUAGCUUAAAGAAAAUCAAAACAAAAACAAUCAGAUAAGUUUAUUACAAAACUAAUAAAGAUUAGCCAAUUUUUGUAAGAAUAAUGAAUCUUCCAGAUAUCUCUCUUUUUUUUUUUCUGAGUGUGCAUUCUAAUUUCUGGGACUUUCCAGUUUUCAUUACGUUCCAGCUCAAACACGUACAUCAUAGAGGUUUUUUUCCAGAUUUUCAGCAAAUCAAAUCAAAUGAUUGUAUUUGUAGAAUAACAAAAAUAUAACUUAAAUAUAUUUUGAUCAUAGCACCUUUUUCAUAAUACAGCAAAAAGCUAUAAUUAGCUUAUCAGCACAACUUUUCAUCUCAUCAAUACUUUGAGUAAUCUGAUGAGAGUAUUUUUUCUUGUCAUUUUGCUAUCCAGAUUGUAUUAUAAGAUAGCAUCCCAUGAAACCUAGACAUUUCUAAAAACCUGUUUUUAGCUUUUUCAUUAUUAUUUUUCUUUCAUCCUUCUGAAAAGAGUCUAAAUGUCAAACUGUAAUUUCAGAGAGUGAUUAACAAAAAGUAACUUUGCUCUUUUUCUGUACACAUACUUGAAAUCACUCAGACAUAAAGCAGGUCUUUGGACUUUGUUCCCUAAUUUCCCAGAUAGAGCAUUUUUAGCCUGACUUCCAAUGAAAACAAAGCUGAUGCAAACACUAAGUAUAGAUGUCUCCUCACCACCUCAGUGUGAGUUUAAUCAAAUACCACAAACAGAUUGCACAGAUAAUUGGUUUUCAAAUUUUCUAAUGCAGAUGGUGAGGAAGAUAGAAUGGGGCUCAAAAAUUAAUGCCAAUCCUCAGUAGCUUUCACUCCUGCUAUUGGAUUUCUAAAGCUGAACAACCUUGCACCAUUGCCAAAGUUCACUGCAAAGGCAGUCUGAAGGAUGAAAUGACAGAAAACUAGAAAGGCAUAUGCAGAGAUAAUAACAGAACAUGUUAGUGAAACUCAAUUCAAAGAAACAUCAAAGGAGUCAAACAAAUCUCUAGACAGUCAGGAUUCAGGCUGCCUGCCCUUCAAAGAAUUGCUACAAAUACACAGAAAACAAAUUGUUUAUAGAAAUUGUACAUGCAAUGAUUACGCUUCCACAUGAAGGAUUAAGUAUUUUCUCCAUGCAUCUUUAUGUUAAUUAUGGUAAAUCUAGAUAAACUGUUGCAUUAUGUUCAUGAUUUAAUUCAGUCCCUAUAAACAGUCCUGUGAUUAAUGAUAUUAUCAUGUUCUAUCUCAGUAGUGUAGUUUUUUUUUUUAUUGCAUAUCUUGUACUCAUUGCUAUAGGAAAAUCAUUUUGGUUCUGAAGAAUUGUGUGUUGAUAUUUCAUAAACCAAAUCACCAAUAAAAGGAUUAAGAUCAAUAGUGGAAAAAUGGUGAAAGCAGGAACUGGAUCGUAUGCAACGGAAGAAAGCUGAACUGAGUAUGUUAGCUCUGUGUAAGACAUUGCAAGACACAGCUCCAGUCAUUAUUAGAGCACCAGUUACUUUUAGAUGACUUGUGUCCUUGUACUGUGUCUUUGUGAUAUGACCUAAUCAGUUGAUGAAAACAUCAAUUCAAUUAAACUUUUCUCUCUCUAAA